CGAUCUUUCUAAUUCACACUCACACAGGCGAAGUAUAGCAGACGUUGAAGUUUGCGUGGAAAUCCUGGAAUUGUGAGCCAAGAAUAACCUUGACAUUUCAUCUAAACUUCUGAGAGCAAGCUAACUUUGUCAGUAAACCAAUCAUGGCAACCAAACGACCAAGAAAUGAUGUAAAUGACGAGAAAAAUGGUGCCUUUCCCGAGCCGUAUUUCACCCCGUUUCCUCAUUUUGGUACAGAUGCGAUCCACGCGGGCCAGGACCCCGAGCAGUGGGCGUCCAACGCCGUAGUGCCGCUGAUCUCACUUUCUACAACUUUCAAGCAAGAGGCACCCGGUGUAAUGCCAGGAGGUUAUGAAUACUCAAGAGGAGGAAACCCAACAAGGACAGUCCUGGAGAAAUGUGUGGCAGCCAUUGAAGGGGCUAAACAUGCUCUUGCUUUCAGCUCUGGUCUUGGUGCCACCAUGGCAAUCUGCCACCUGUUGAAAACCGGUGAUCAUCUCAUCGCUAUGGAUGACAUCUACGGGGGAACCAACCGUUACUUCCAGAAGGUCCUCUCUAACUUUGGCGUCCAGGCAACCUUUGUGGAUGCCCGCUACCCUGAGAAGGUGGCAGAAGCCAUGCAAGAAAACACCAAGCUUGUCUGGGUGGAGACACCAACCAACCCUACCUUGAAGCUUGUUGAUAUCGCAGCAGUCAGCGCUAUCGCUCACAGUCAACCUGGUGUCGUCCUUGUAGCAGACAACACCUUCAGUUCACCUUAUUUCCAAAGGGGACUUGAUCUGGGAGCUGAUAUUGUAAUGUAUUCAGCAACCAAGUACAUGAAUGGACAUUCCGAUGUAGUGAUGGGUCUAGUUGCGUGCAAUGAUGAUGAACUUCACAAGAAACUUCACUUCCAGCUCUAUGCUGCCGGGAGCUGUCCGUCACCUUUUGACUGUUUCCUGGUGAACAGAGGGUUGAAGACGCUUCACAUCAGGAUGAAACAGCAUUAUAAGAAUGGUCUAGCUGUCGCUACAUACCUGGAGAGCAAUCCAAGGGUCCGUAAAGUCAUCUAUCCAGGUCUUCCAAGCCAUCCACAGCAUGAUAUCUUUAAGAAGCAGAUGAAGGGCUUCGGAGGCAUGGUGACCUUCUAUCUUCAAGGUGACCUUGAGAACUCAAAGACAUUCCUCCAGAGUGUCAAGGUCUUCACGCUGGCAGAGAGUCUUGGGGGAUACGAGUCACUUGCUGAACUACCUGGAGUCAUGACCCAUGCCUCUGUGCCCCCUGAACAGCGAAAGGUACUUGGUAUAGACAACAGUCUUAUCAGGCUUUCUGUCGGACUAGAGGACACUGAAGACCUCAUCCAGGAUCUGGAACAAGCUCUCAAGAAAGCUGUACCACUAUAGAUAUUGCCCUUUUGUGAGAGAGGUGACAUACCUUGUGUAAAGUAGACUCUAUUGUAAAUUAUUUGUUUUCUUUCAUUUCGAAACUAUCAUGGUUGUAAUCUUGAUUUAAACGGGAAGCGAACUAACCAACAAUGUGUGAAGUCUCUCAUUGACUGUGUCUUGUAAAUAGCUAGUCUUGAAUUAUACACGAGAGAUAAUAACAAUUAAUACAGAAAAUAAAUUAGCCUACAUAUAUUAUUUCACUGUGGUAUUGAAAAAAUACUGUUUUUGAGAGUAAAGGUACCCGUUUUGCUACAUGGUAACAUAAAAGUUGCAAUAUGAAUAUAUCAACAUAAAUCGGUGUGUUAUCAUUCGAGUGGGAGUUGUGGGACUAUAUAUCAAGAAUGCACUGUUUAGAAUGUUGCAUUAUGGGUAAUAAACCUGGGAGUGUGUCACAAAGAUUUAAGUAUGGCUUAAAUCGCAC